AUGCUCCACAACUCGAGCCAUAGGGAAGGCCUGGUCCAUGUGGAAAAGACCUGGAAGGGGCAGGACAGGGACAGGGAAGGAGUGUGGGUAGGGGCAGGGGGAGCCCUGGCCCCCAAUACCUCCUCCUCAUUCCCCACCGAGCCUCCAGGGGCCUCGGGCAGCAUCAUCCCUGUCUACUGUGCCCUCCUGGCCACUGUGGUCCUUGGUCUGCUUGCCUACGUGGCCUUCAAGUGCUGGCGCUCACAUAAACAAAGACAGGAGCUGGCCAAGGCUCGGACUGCAGAGCUGGGGGACCAGAUGCACGGAGACAGCAGUGUCUUGCGGGACUCUUCUAGCGGUCGGGAGUCCUGUGUCCCCAGCCAGGGUGCACAUCCUGAGCUUGGCUGCCGGCUCUACCUCCAUCUCCCUCGGCAGCAGCAAGAGGAAGUGGAGCGGCUCCUGGGAGGGACAGGCGAACCUGACAAGGGCUGGCAGGGCCUGGCGGGCCACCUGGGCUACCAGGCUGAGGCUGUGGAGACCAUGGCCCGGAGCCAGGUGCCUGCCUCCACGCUGCUGAGGGACUGGGCUGUCCAAGAAGGUGCUACCCUCAGGGUGCUAGGGGAUGCCCUGGCUGCCAUGGGCCGUGAGGACGUGGUCCGGGUCCUGGGCCUCCCGCCUGAGGGCUGCUCGGUCGUGUGAGGGAAGCCGCCGCAGCCUGGCUUCUCAGGGUAUCUGCUCUGGUGCUACCUACCAUGCCCAUCUCA